AUGCCCUUGCACUGUGCAGGGUCCAAUCCUAGCGUGUUAUUCAAUAUCGCGAAAUCAGUAUCAGCAGCAAAUCUUGGAAAUAGUAAUGUACUAUCAUAUAACUACGGGUCAAACUACUGCAACCAUGACUAUGGCGGUGUUAACACGCCCCUGGUGUCAAUCACCCCGGCAACAUCAUCCCCUGGUCUGACAACCUCGUCGUCCACAUGGACAGCAGUGGCCACGACAACCACCACAAGCUACACUGUGGCUUUUGUAGGAACUGCUGACGGACAACUGAAGAAGAUAUUAAUCCAGUCUAAUACAUCUGCUGUGGAAUAUGCAACAGUACAAGUGUCAAGCGAUCAGGUUAAACAUAUACUGUUAGAUAGCACAGGAGAGCACAUGUAUGUUAUGACCAAAUACAAGGUCAGUAAGUUGAAGGUAGAAGACUGUGGUAGUUACAGUAGUUGUGAGGACUGUCUGGCAUCAAAAGACCCGUUCUGUGGCUGGUGUAGUCUGGAGAAUAAAUGCAGCAGAAAAAGCCAGUGCUCAGAUCCAGAUGCCGCCGAAAGAUGGCUUCCCUUUGAUAACCCACAGUGUACCAAGAUCAAUACCAUUUCACCAUCAAACACACCUCUAGCCAGACCCACACAGGUGAACAUGUCAGUAAGUCUUCUACCCCCAGGCCAGACCUACCAGUGUGUAUUUGAUACCACAGCUGUCACUGCCACAGUCACUGGGGGGAACUUGGUGACAUGUGACACACCCACAAAUUUACCUACUAUACCCGUUGGGGACGACCACAUCACAAUACCUUUAUCUAUCAAAUCAGUAACGACUGGAGUCAAGUUUUUAACGACCAACUUCACAUAUUUUGACUGCAGCGCUCACUCAGGGUGUGUUUCCUGCACCAGUAGUAGUUGGGCCUGUAACUGGUGUAUAUAUGCAAACAGGUGCACCCACGCCAGCAGUACUUGUAGUCCUAGUGGAGGGGUGAUACCAGGACAGAAUAGCCGACUCAGUGUGGGAAUAAAAGGUCCCACCCUGUGUCCCCAGCUUCUGCCACGUGCACAUGACGUCCUGUUACCUGCUGGGGUACCUAAAUUGAUCUCACUGAUUGGGAAGAACAUACCUGUGCCACAGGCUGGCCAAGGUGGUUAUCUAUGUAAGAUAGGUACUAACACAGUCCAAGCUAUCAGACAGAAUGAUAGUGCCAUAGAUUGCCAGAACCACGCUUAUAUAUACACAGCCAAUACAGGGCAAGAGAAACACCAAAUCCAAGUGAUCUGGAACAAUAACCAUGUGAUAGAUCAACCCACAGGUUCUGAAGUCAGUGCAACCCUGUACAAGUGUGACAUCCUUGGGACCACAUGUGGCACAUGUAUUGGUGGUGUGGAUACAAAAUUUAGAUGUGCUUUCUGUGGAGGGACGUGCAAGUAUCACCCAACAUGCCGUGUGCCAACUGACAGCACUUGCCCUAAUGUUAUUAUUAACUGGGUUACUCCCUUGAGUGCCCCAGUUGAAGGUCACACCAAGGUCACCAUCAGUGGCACCAAUUUAGGCACCUCUGAUGCCAGUAUACCCACUGUUAGACUGGCCGGGGUGGUCUGUAGACCUGUUGUAGAAGAUUAUGUGGUGUCAAAAAGGAUUGUGUGUACGGCAGCGGAAGCUCCAGGCAGGUUGGCCAGGAAUGGUUCCGUAGAGGUCCAGGUCCAGGGUUUGGGCAAAGUAUACCGCCAUUCCCAGAUGUUCAGAUAUGUGGACCCCAGGCUGGAGACAGUGUUCCCAGUGAAAGGCCCCAUAGCUGGUGGCACCAGGCUGACUGUGAGGGGGAAAGAUCUUAAUGUUGGCAACCUGGACAAUAUCAGCCUUACCCUUGGAGAGGAAAUGUUGCCUUGUAUUGUAGAUAGAAGUACAAUUGGCAGCCAUUCCACCAUUUGUGCCACUCCAGGGGUUAGUAGGCCAAAGGUCGUGACCUCUGUCAGGAUGUUCUUUGACGGUAGUGUAAGGAUGCUGGACCAAAACCCAUUUACGUACACUGAGGACCCUGUGGUGGAAAAAAUAAUGCCACUGACCAGCUUUGUCAGCGGAGGUCGGAUUUUGACAGUCAUUGGGAAGAAUUUUGACUCAAUUCAACAGCCAAAGAUAUUUGUAUGGAACGGGAAGGAAAAGUCGCACACAACGUAUUGUCUCCAUAUACCAGAAAUGUCCAGUACCACAUUAACAUGCCCAUCGCCAAGAGCGCCUAACGGGAUUCAUCCAACGAUACCAGACACUUCAGGUUCCUUGCGCUUUAAGAGGCAGAUGGACACCAAUACUAUCGCGAAUAUUGGCUUUGUAAUGGACGGAGUGGUCGCAGUGCAGAAUUUAACCAACAUCACUUCUUCUAUUCAAUAUGUUGUGGACCCGUUGUUCCAGAAUUUGACCAGUGACGGUUCUAGUGUGAAAUAUCAAAGUAACACGAGCUUCGUAAUACGUGGGUAUUAUCUCAACCUUGCCGCAAGUGAAGCAGAUGUGACUGUUCUGAUUGGUGGGCAUAACUGUGACGUCACGGGUUUGGCUCCAAGUAUUCUUGUCUGCAAGCCGCCACAUUUUGACUACGGAAAUAAACUGGUAGCUAUACGUAUGGGUAAUUUAAACUACCAAGUGGGAUAUCUAAACUAUGGGGAUCCUCCUAUGGAUCAUUCUGCAGUCAACUAUGGUUGGGUAGCCGGGCUAAUUGUCCCUAUUGUUGCUUUAACUGUCACUGGAAUCGUUACCGGAGUAGUAGUCUACAAAAGACGUGCAAAACGUGCUACUACCAAUCACAAAGGCGCCAGUGACAUGGAGUACCUCGGUUUAAGUAGUCAGUUCACACCACCGCGUGUUAUCAACACUAUAGAGGACGCCUUGAUGCUGGUGAAGGAUGGUGACUUAAAGGUUGUUCUAAAGCCUGUACUGGUGAGCAGAGACCGGAUUAAAAUUGGGAAGUUAAUAGGCACAGGGCACUUCGGUUGUGUAUUUGAAGGGAUUUACGAAGACAGCGAACAUUACAACCCUUCAAAAGUAGCUGUGAAAACGUUUCAAGGAAAGGGUGCAGACAUUCAGCAUCUAGAUGAAUUCCUCAGAGAAGGAGCUCUGAUGACGUCAUUCCGCCAUGAUCACGUGUUGACAAUACUCGGGAUAUGCUUCGAAGUUGACGGCAACCCCAUGAUUAUAUUACCGUACAUGGCCAAUGGAGAUCUCAAAACUUACAUCGAGAAUCCUAAGAAUGCACCUACUGGACUACAGCUGCUACAGUUCGGUUUGGACGUAGCCCGGGGCAUGGAAUACCUUGCUGAGAACAAAUUUGUCCAUCGGGAUUUAGCUGCUAGAAACUGCAUGCUAGAUGACCAGCUGCGCGCCAAAGUGGCCGAUUUUGGACUGACUCGUGACGUGUACACCAAGGAAUAUUACAGCUCCAGAGACAAGCAGGCCAAGUUGCCGGUGAAAUGGAUGGCGCCAGAGUCCAUGGAAAGGAACGUUUACACUUUUAGAUCCGAUGUGUGGUCCUUUGGCGUACUACUUUGGGAACUGUUCACUCGCGGUAAGGUACCGUAUCCUGGUGUAGACGGAUGGGAUGUUCUACAGUUCCUUAAACUUGGGAGAAGACUGGACCAACCCGACUACUGUCCUCAGAAAGUGUAUCAGCUCAUGCUGAAGUGCUGGUCAUGGGAGCCAGAGGAGCGGCCAGACUUCACCUCUAUUGUGACUCAAAUAGAGGAGACAGUGAGAGUCAACACGGAAGUUGGUGGAGAACCUGGUCACAAUGAACAUAAGGGUGUAGAUAUUGAUGACCAUAUGUACACUGAAGUGCUCCCUUAACAAUGUAACACCUGUUUAUAAU